GCCUCACAAGGCAUCAUAACUCAUAAAGAGGCACCUGGUUACCACUGUCAUAUCAAGUUUUCUGACAAUUCAAGAUAUGGAGCGCGUUCGCAUUAAACUCCGAUAUUGCCUGCCUCUACUGGUCUGCUUUUUACGUUGCCUUCAUACUUCGCAAGGUUAUAAAAAAGUUUGGACCUUUUCAAACAAAGGUCUCUAUCAAGAGUCCUCAGACGAAAUGUGGAUGAUGAAUAUGGUGGAAGAAACGUUUUCCUAUUUAAACAUCAGCAAGAUCAAUUCAGCUGAGGUUCAAAACAACGGCGAGUGUGCGUUUGCCUGCCUAAAGGAACCCAUGUGUUUUUCAUACAACUUAGAGGCAAGUGCCUCGAAAACAGGAACACGCGUAUGUGAGUUGCUGCCAUCAGAUAAGUACAACAACUCGGACGAAGUCAUCAUCAGCCAGAAGUUUCAUCAUUACAGUAUUCAGACACCUUGCAGCAGAGGACCCUGUCAAAACAAUGGCACUUGCGUACCGCGGUACGAGAAAAACACUUAUGUAUGCGUUUGCAAAAUUGGAUUUGAGGGAAAACAUUGCGAAAAAGCUGUCUCAAAAUGAAAUCAGUACAAGAUUCUGAAUGACCCCGAUCGACACAGCGAUUUGGUCACGGCCGAAACUGCGAUAACAAUUUGACAGAAGACACAAACACGUCAAGAAUGAAACAACUUUUGAACAGUUCAUCUCUUUUUAAGAUUUUUCAUUUAGAAUACUAAGGAGGCCUGAUCAACACUUUGCAGAAUUAUACCAGUAAAAUUUAUGAGAAACGCUAUUCUCUCAGCAGGUAUUAUAUUUAUUUUAGUUCCUUCAAUUAGCAGCUAAUCCAAUCAGUAUAUGAUGAAAGACGAUGUAAUUUUGAUGCUUACACCAAGUGAUUGUUGUUGAAGGUAGAAGUUUUGUAAAACGUGUAAUUAAGUGCAUCUAUCGUAACUUUGCGGUGUCUUUGACUUUCUCUGUCGCUAGAGAUCCUAGAGUUGUUCUCAAUAAAUGCCCUUCUGAAAGAGGUUGGACUUAUUUGUGAUUCAUUUAUUCAAAUUUGACGGAUAAUUUUAGAGAAAGUGUCACAGCUCCUUUGAGGCCUCGAGCUGUUUGUCACAUAAAUUCCCGUUAUCGUCAGCGGAAAAGGUCAUAGGGAAUGCCGAGAUCGGCUUACAAAUGGAGUGGAGUCUCUUAUAACGGAUGGGGGAGAUAAAGUGUUCACAGGCAUUUUAUAGAAAUGCAUUAUUCCAGUUGGGGAGGGCCGUUCCAUCUUACAUAAUAUCGUAUUUCC